AUGCAGUACAAAGGGAUGGGGUUGGUUGAUUCAGCAUCACAUUACAUUCCUCAGAUAGAGUCGGGCAACGCGAAGAUUGUCGAAGUGAAGGAUGCGUGCGUGGGAGCUGACAGCAAACCCGAAGCAGACGAUCUUAAAAGGACAAUUCUCUUUGAUCAUUGGAGACGACGUCUUCGAGCAAGAGAUUUUGUGGAUCGUCUUUUAGAGAAGGAGGCGAAAGAGGCGAAGACAAGGCGAAGGAGAUGCAGAGUAAACCCAUCUCAUUCAGCCCCACAUCCUCCCCUACCACCACCUCCACCACUGCCACCACCAGCGCCAUUACGAAUGCACUUUGGUACUAAGAUUGAAAACGGCUUAAUGACAGAAGACCGCUUCUGCUGUGGUCGUCAAAAAGACGGAUUAAUUGACUUCUCUUCAUCAGUUGGAGCCUCUGCUUCAUCGACUUCGACUCCGACAUUGUCGCUUCCUUUGACGUCACUCUCGUCCUUCAACACACUCCCUGCCUGGAAUUGGCCCUCUCUGAACGGAUCAACUAAAAAUUUGUGCAGUUACUAUCAUGAAAACUGA